GAAACACACUCAUCAUGUGACAUGAGACAAAGCACCUUAGGCUAUUAUGGAGUCUGUAUUGACGAUUCAGUUAAAUAUUAAAAGCAGACCUUUGAAAUAGAAUUACACAGCUCACGUAGCGAAUUAUGCAAUAUAAUAAGCAGAUUCCAAAAUAUUUAUACAUAUCCUUUUUCCGUUCUUGGUUGCAAUGCAUUCAUUACUAAUUCAUCUUUUCGGAGGUAAUACAAUUACUUCGGUCACCGUGUUUACAUUUUAUAAAUCUAUUUCAGUCCAGUAACAGGGGCUCAAUGGCUACUUCAAAGGCAUCGAAUAUGCACACGAAUUAGGAGAUAUUGUAGCUUUUUAAAUUCAUUUAUUAUAUUUUGAAAGCGAUCUGUGCAGGUGUUCAAUAAAACAUGUACCCUUGCAGACGAAUGUCACUGUGCAUCAUUUCCCGUACAGAACUGCCGGUAGGUCGAUCGCCUGUUUGCCAGGAGGUCACAGGCAAUGCCAGUCAGUUUCCGUACGGAAAGGGACCGUUGUCAUAUUCCACAAACAGGGGCUGUCCUUCGUGGGACGGACGGGAUUUUCCUCGCUUUGGAUUGGACGGCCCAUCUUGUCAUUUAUCUGAGUAUGUCAAGGUACUGCUGUCAUACCCCACAAAUCGGGGGGCUGUCCUUCAUGGGACGGGUAGGACUUUCUUCGCUUUGGAUUGGAUGCUCCAUCCUGUCAGUCAUAUCAGUAUGUAAAGGUACCGCUGUCAUAUCGCACAAACAGGGGACUGUCCUUUGUGGGACGAACGGGAUUUUCCUCGAUUUGGAUUGGACAGCUCGUCCUGUCAGUCAUCUCUGUAUGGAAAGGUACCGCUGUCAUAUCCAACAAACAGGAGGGCGGUCCUUCGUGGAACGAAUGCGAUUUCCCUCGCUUUUGAUUGGACGACCCUCCCUGUCAGUCAUCUUCGUCGGCCGUGCGGGACUGUCGCUCGCUGAGCCGAUCCGGGGGAGGAGGACGGAGAUGCGGUGAAAAAACACAAACAAUCCGUGCCGACCGCCAUCUUGAAUCCAGCCUGCUCACUGAAUGGGAAGGAAACGGCAGGAGGAGGGGAUCGCUCGGGAGCUGGCAGCUUCGGGCAAGGAGACGGCCGACGAACACUUCGAGACACCAGAGUCCACCUCCCUACCCCUCCGGAUCGGCGAGAAGUGAUCGGAAAAGCUCGGUUUGAAGCCUACUCUCAUCGGGUCCUCUCGGGCUACAUAAGCCAGUGCUGGCGACGGGCUUACCGACCGCGUCUUGCAGCAGAGGGAGGAUCGAUGUUCAGCAGCGCGGUGGUUGCGGUCUGGUACAGGUUCGAUCAGAGCACCGAGAUGCCCGCGUGUUUUCCGGGUGUUUCUCGGGAAUUUUUAGCAGCGCCAUGGCAGUGCAUCCCGAAAUGUGGACCUGAAUCCUGCUAGAAGAGCUGCUCCUCCCCCCUUCAACUUUCUUGAGGAUUGGGUCACUCGCGAUUCCGAGGAAGAGUGGAUGUGCGCCGAACCCAGUCUCGGGAGAGCGUUUUUCAUGACUGCGGACCAGGCUGGAGUGACAAGACGUUUAAUUCUAAUUUAAUUUAACGCCAUCGAUCGCGGGCAGAUGGUGACAUGUCACCGCUCUCGCCGCGGAGUGGCUGGGCUCCCCGCUUCAUCCUGUGAAAAAGUCCAAAACACCCGAAAGACGGCAUUUCUCUUGUCGCCGCAGUUGGCUUCCUCUGAAAUAUAUGUAUACAUGCAUACGUGAUUUUUUUUCCCCUUAAGUUCUUGAACAGCAGUGUUGCGGAUGCCUGGCUUGUACUAACCCCUUCCCCAAAGCAACAAGCUGAUAAACAAUGAUCGCAUUAUAUUUAGAACAGCAUUUGUGUUUUGCCAGCUUUUCCAAGUGAGACGAUUGCUGACAUCCUAGGAUUUUCCACGUGGGAUCCCUGCAAUAUUUAGUGGCUGCUUGUUUUUCCCUUUGUCGACGUGAGGAGAAUAAGCUUUCCGCCAAAUGACACAUGGUUGUCAAACUCAGUUGUCCGCACAGGGGAUCUUGGAGUAGGGUUUCUCUCUUUUUUUCCCAGGAUUUAGGAUUUUGCCAACAAACUGCUGAUAGAGCCUCUCGGCUGGUACCCAGACUCGCAUUUGUGCUGCACAGGAAUCUGUGCGUUUUGUACUCAGCUCCCCGGGUGCAGCAGAAGUGCACAAUCAGCGCCGGGUUUAGCCGCCGUGGGAUUUAAUUUAUUUUUUAUUCCCAUAAUUAUUUUGGCGCAGUAGGUGAUUUGAUACCGUUACGAAAAAAUGGGAGCUGCUACAAAACUUGCUUUCGCCGUUUUCCUCGUCACCUGUUCAUCAGGUGCUAUCCUGGGCCACUCGGAGACGCAGGAGUGUGUGUACUACAAUGCCAGCUGGGAGAAGGACCGCACCAACCGCAGCGGCAUUGAGCCGUGCUUCGGCGAGAAGGACAAGCGGCGGCAUUGCUUCGCCACCUGGAAGAACAUGUCGGGCACCAUCGAGGUGGUGAAGCAGGGCUGCUGGCUCGACGACGUCAACUGCUACGACAGCAGUGAGUGCGUGGAGAGAAAGGAGAGCCCUGACGUGUUCUUCUGCUGCUGCGAGGGCAGCAUGUGCAACGAGAAGUUCUCCUACAGCCCAGAGACACAGCCCGUGCAGACCACUUCGAACCCAUUCACCCAGAAGCCCCAGCUCUUCAACACUGUGCUUUACUCGCUGGUGCCCAUCAUGGGUCUGGCCGCCAUCAUGCUCUUUGCCUUCUGGAUGUACCGCCACCACAAGCUGGCCUACCCCCCGGUCCUGGUGCCCACACAGCAAGCCUUUCAUAUCAUGAUAGAGGACCCGGGACCGUUGCCCCCGUCCCCUAUCCUGGGACAGAAACCACUGCAGUUGCUGGAGAUUAAGGCCAGGGGGCGCUUCGGCUGUGUGUGGAAGGCUCAGCUGCUCAAUGACUAUGUGGCCGUCAAGAUCUUCCCCCUCCAGGAUAAACAGUCAUGGCAGAACGAGUAUGAGAUCUACAGCCUGAGCGGCAUGAGGCACGACAACUUGCUGCAGUUCAUGGGGGCUGAGAAGAGGGGCACCAACAUGGACAUGGAGCUUUGGCUCAUCACCGCCUACCAUGAGAAGGGCUCACUGACUGACUACCUGAAGGCCAACGUGGUGUCCUGGAAUGAGCUCUGCCACAUCGCCCAGACCAUGGCCAGGGGCCUAGCUUACCUUCACGAGGACAGACCUGGUCUCAAGGACGGACACAAGCCUGCUAUUGCACACAGGGACAUCAAGAGCAAGAACAUCCUCUUGAAGAGCAACCUGACAGCCUGCAUCGCCGACUUCGGCCUGGCGCUAAAGUUUGAGGCUGGGAAGUCGGCGGGGGACACUCAUGGGCAGGUGGUGGCCCCCCAGCACAUUUGCAGUGGGGGCCUGACCAUGCUCUGCGAGACCAUCGAGGAGUGCUGGGACCAUGAGGCGGAGGCGCGGCUGUCAGCCGGCUGCGUGGAGGAACGAGUCGUCCAGAUGCAGCGGCAAGCCAGUGUCGCCGUCACAGAGGAAAUCGUCACCGUUGUCACCAUGGUGACCAACAUGGACUUCCCGCCCAAGGAGUCCAGCCUAUGAUGGGCGCAGCGGGCACUGCAAUCGGGGUGUUGGGAUGGGGACGGGGGUGGGGGGGGGUAGAUGGUCUGGGGUUCAGGAUGGGGGCAGUGGCGAUGCCCCCAGAGCACUAAAAGCAGACGAUGGCGCUCGCCCCCAGAGCAGCUGACUUGUGGGGGGUUAGGGGCGGGGCACAGAGCCCUGUGCACAUUCAGAUGGGUUUGGACUCAAUUCGCUCACCUCCACUCGUGCCUGGAGACCGGCAUCUUGCACCGGGAGCCAAGGCCGAAAGGGGACACGUGGAAAGGACACCGCCACCGAAAUCAGACUUUUGGAGAUUUCCUUUUGUAUCAAAGAAGAAAAAAAGACUUAAAAAUAGACACCUGCUAGUUUUUCUAUGAGGAAAGAGAAAGGGAGACGGAAAGCGCUCAUUUGAGAAGGGCGGCCUUUUUCUCACCAUAUUCGCUGUUUUACUCUUUAUAUAAAUGACUCUUGUGAUGCCAGUAAGCAACAGCUUCUGAAUGUUUAGUGUGCUGCUGUACAUAUAUCAAUGGAGAAAAGCAAAACGACACCAUAGUCAACGAUAUCUGUAAGGAGUCACUUCCAAAUUUUAUUUAAAAAAAAAAAACCAUAAACCUCCCACAACCAGGUAUACCUCAGCUCACCUCACGGAAAACACUUCAAUCAGUCGGUGCCGGUCUUGGCCUUGUGGCUUCAAUAUUGAUGCCUGGUAAGAUAUUACCCAAACUGUGGCCAGACUCUGCCAAUUCCGUAACGGCCAUCGGUACAUAAAACAGUGUUUCGCCUUUUUUAAAAUGUGCUUUUAGUCUUCUCUGUAUUAUUGUUUUUCCCUGGUGUUUUAAAGUAUUUUUUCUGAAACAUUUACAUUUUUUUGUUUGAUUGAAAACAUACAAUCAUAGUACAGGUGAUUAAAAAGGCCCUCUUCCCCGUUUAGGUUUGCCGUGUCAGUGAUAUGCUUGGGGAGGAAGUCGCAUGCCUUUUUUUCAGUUUUUGCUCAGGCCGAAAUUUUCUGAUCAUGUGCACAAGUUCCCGUCCGCAGGACGUGGAAUUGUGCUUCUCCUUUCUCCCUCGGCACGCCCAGCCACUCUCCACAGGAUCUCUUUCCGAGGCUCGCCGGUGACCCCCCCCCCCCCCCCCCCCCCCCCCCCCCCCCCCCCCCCCCCCCCCCCCCCCCCCCCCCCCCCCCCCCCCCCCUCCUCAGCUGUGCCUGGCAGCUCAGGAAUGGCCUUCCUCUUGGAGUCUGACGUCAGUGGCUCUCUAACUCGCCUCAAUGCCCUCAUGUCACCUUGUGGGAGUUUUACUUACACAAAAAUGUUCUGAGGGCAGAAUGAAUCAUGAUGGGUCCAAGCAAGUAGAGGAGGCGUGACCAAGACAUCUAAUUGGUUGGUCCUGCCUCCUCUAGUUUCUUGGACCCACCUCCUCUACAAUCUGAUUGGUUGUUUCUUUGAACCAGUUAUUUUUCAUUCUGCCCUCAGAACAUUUCUGAGUAAGUAAAACUCCCAUGAGCGCUCUCGUGCCCCAGAAAACCUCAACCCGUCCACGGCCUAGCAGUAAAAACUUGCUUUCUUCCUUAUUUUCUUCCUUCUGGUAAAAUCACAUGGGAGUCAGUGACAUUUGGCGCUGUGACAUCUGCGUCAGUCUACGUCCUGCUCGGGGACGUCUCAAAUGGCAAAAUCUCAUUCACACCACCGCAGCAUUCAGGGAUACAGUACUAUGCUCUGUUAUGCUGAUUAUAUGCAAUGGGCAUCGCCUACGAGGCCGUGUGUAUUUUUAAACGAGUUAUCCUGUGGAGAGCUCAUUAAUUCACGAGAUCGCCAGGCGCUCGUGCUCACCAUCACCAGGUGCCAACUUUCUGAGGCAUGGGCAGGGUUUAUGAGGGUGCCCACCCACCAGCAAGCUGGUCACUGGAAGGCUGGGAUUGGCUGCAUCACCCUGAGCAUCGGUACUUCGUGGUGGGUGGGCACGCGGUUGCCCUCGGUGACGUGCCGAGCUGGGAGAGGCACAUGGGCAUAUAUACAUCUGCUACUGCAUCAUGCGCUCUUUUGCUGGAGUAGAAUAACGAAUAAUGGUUAUAUUGAUAAGGCAGCCACUGGGUUCCCUGCCCACAGCUGGUCCUGCCCAGAUGUCCCUUUAAAGUGAGACCCUUCUUGAAGCCUGAAGGUGGCGCUGUUUGCUCGGCACUCAGUACCGUGUCAAUGCUUGGUGUUCAGGCCUGGGCCUUUUUUUAAGUGUUGAAGGUCUGCAUCCCCCCCCCCCCCCCCCCUCCCCAAAUGAAAGCCAAAUGCUUUGGCACCAGACUUCACAGCAAAUGCACAUUAUGUAAAUAUGUAUGUUGUUUUUAGAUUGUGAAUAUAGCAUGAGCUUGUAUCUGUUGUAUUUUUUUAAGGUAUCACAAAGCAAAAAAGGAUCUUUAUAAAGUAAUUAUUCCAGGAAUACAUUUUGUAUAUAUGCAUACAUGUAUAUGUGUGUGUGUAUAUAUACACAUUUUUAAUGGUAUUAAUUCGUGCCCCCCCACCCCAAGACUGGUCAGUACAGACGGCACCUCGUUUACCUCAGAUGCCCCCGCCUGCUUGCCCGCUGGUUCACUCCCUGGCGCACGCGUGACCUCCUGCUCCGGGAGCGUUGCCCGGGAUACGACCCGCGGUACCGUGCGUGCCGCGCUCUCGGGUUCCAGUGCCGGCGUGGUUCUGCUGAGCUGACACUGCUGGGCCGCGCUCACCAUCCCGCCGAUGUUCCGCGUGUGGUUUGCACAAGCGACUUUUCUGCUGUCCAAGUGUACUUGCCAUUUUUAUUGUUUUGCGAGUAUUUAACAGUUUCAGAGGCCUGGUUGGAAGUGAUUGUUUAAUAUUGUACAGGUAAAUUGUAUGCUAUUCCACCCCCCCCCUCCCAAAAAAUAAAGUAUAGUGACCGCUA